AUGGACGGUCUCAAGAUGUUCACCAAGUUCCCACAAAAACUCCCCGACCCCUUCAACUUCCUGGGAGAUCAGCCCAAACUAGCAUUUCGCAAUCAGCCUGGAGGCAUAGCAAACUCGCUACUACACGAGUGGAACAUAUCCGAGAAGGAAUCAUACUGGGACCAGUAUGUUACGCUCUUCGACUCCGCCUCAGACGUCUUCUCUCUCAUUACGCACAAUGAUGUCCGUCGUGCGCUGCUCGAGGCCCCAGAGAACGUCGCGACGCUCGUCCGCGUCAUCUCCGCGCGGCUCUUCAACCUCGUCUCGGACCACACCUUCCCCGCACCUCCCGCAACGCUCGCCGCGACGCUCAUUCGCACAGGCUCCGGCAUCACCGGCGCCGCGGGCGAACGCAACGCGACCAAGGAGGCCCUCAACUGCCUCCGCAUCCUUCAACGCGUGCUCCCCGUCAUCUUCGAGCUCGAGAGUGAGUCGAGCCGGUUCGAGCGCGAGGUGCUCUGGAAGCGCGUCCCCGCUCCCGACGGCGCGAGCGGUGCGGGUGGACCUGCGGUCGAGGUGGCGAGCGCGGAGCCGCAGUUCGUGAUCGAGGACGAGGACGAGGACGGGAGCGACGAGGGUGACGCCGGCGCGCCGAAGAGCCCACCGCCGCAGACAGCCGCGGCGGAGAAGCCGAGGGAGAUGUUGCCGUCCAUUGCAGAGAGGUUGUUCAGCUGUCUGAUCGACCUCAUGUUCUGCUGUGGGUUCACGCUGCCAACGAAGAUCCAAGUGGACCACUACAAGAUCAACUACAUUAUCUGGGAGAAAGGCAUUGGGUCGACGGCAGAUCCAGGUCCAAGUCAGCAGCACGAGAGCAACAAGACUGAGGUCCUGCGCCUCCUCCUCGUCCUCCUCUCCCGCCAGAUCUACUCUCCUCCCUCCGCGCUCUUCACUUCCCCAUCACAAUACACACUGCACUUCGUGCAGACCCUUCCCCGUCGUGAUGUCCUCACGGUCCUGUGCUCGCUCAUGAAUACCGCCAUGAACGCGUCGCAUCCGCCGCCAAGCCCGGUGAACGUUGUCGGAGCAGUAGGGGCAGUCGCCGGUCGCCUACCCUACAACCACCUCCUGCUCAAAGGAGAGGACCCACGCACGUCGCUCAUUUCCCUCUGUUUCCAAGUCCUUUGCGUCCUCCUUGACUUCCAGAGCGGGCCGGCGCGCGACGACGCCGGGGGCCCGACGGCCAAGACGAAUGCGUUCCGCUACUUCAUCGCGAAGCUCCAUCGGCCGAACGACUUAUCGUUCAUUCUACACGGCCUCGUUGGUAUCUUCGAGGAACAGAUAGCUUCUAUCAGCGGCCUCCUCCCCGGAGCCAAAAAGUCGGUGCCGUACAUGGUCGAAGCGAUCACCUUUCUGUGGAAGAUGGUCGAGCUGAACAAGAAAUUCCGAGCGUACCUCCUCGAUUCCGACAAAGCAACAGAUGUCCUCGCAUAUCUCCUCUGCUAUGGGCUUGAGAUCAAGGACAAGCCAGAACAACAUGGAAUGUGCCGCGUGCUCUCAUACCUGAUCCAAAGUCUGUCGGCCGAGCGUGGGUUCGGGCUCAAGCUCAGCUCGCCUAUUAAGGCACAAAUACCCCAGAAGUUUAUGGCUAUGGGCAACGCUGGCGACUUCAUGAUACAGUCGAUAUACUCGAUGAUCGCGACGACUUCCGGUAACCUGAAUUCUCUGUACCCGGCGUUGAUCAUUGCCCUGUCCAACUCGGCGCCUUAUCUCAAGAACCUCCAUGUUACCUCCUCGGCACGGCUCCUGCAACUAUUCACAGCCUUCUCGAACCCCUCCUUCUUACUAUCAGAUGAGGGCCACCCCCGGUUGCUCUUCUUUAUGCUCGAAGCCUUCACGUCGAUUCUCCUUCACAAUCUCUCCGAAAACCCGAACGUCAUCUAUGGCCUGAUCCGCGCCCACAAGCAAUUCGAGGACCUGGGCACUUUCACGCUCGCCCGCGGCCUCCGCGAGAUCCGGAGGGUGCAGCAGACGAAGGAGGAGCGCGCCCGUCAGAAGCAAGAUGCCGCAACAGCCAAAGGCAAACGCCGCAUCACCGACGAAGAGCAGGGCGACCCCGCAAGCGAGAAGGCGCGGCUCCUCAGCCGCGAAGCCGCCGGCUCGCUCGACCUCCCGCGCGCCAGCGAGUCCCUAGAUAGCCUGCCGCAGCCCGGAGCGGCGGCGGCGGGAGACGACGACGCGCCCCCGUCGACAGCGCACCCGCUCAUGUCCCCUGGGGAGGCGCCGAUAGCGUUCAACCCCACGCCGCCACCCGCCGCGCGUAGCAGCUCGGACGGGCCUCCGGGCAUAUCGGAGAAAGCACGGGGAAAGAUGCGCGCCGCGGGGCGGUCGCUCUCUGGGGACAUGACGGGGAGUUUGGAGCGCCUCGCCGCCGCGGGCGUCGGCCGCAACGGGUUCGUGCCGACGCAGGAAUGGGUCGCAUCAUGGCAUCAGGGGCUCCCACUGGAUGUGAUCAUGUUGGUGAUCGCUGAGCUGCUUCCGAAGGUACAGAGCUUGCAGAACUCGCUCAGCGCGACCACGGCGAACAGCGCGAUCAUCGACCUCCUCCGGAGCGCGAACGUCGAGCACGCGCUGCCCAAGGCACCCCCACUCUCCCCUCGGCGCUUCAUGUGGUCGGACGCGUCCAUCGUAUGGCUCACGUCGCUGAUUUGGGGCGAGAUUUACGUGCGAGGAAUGACACCUCUCGGGAUCUGGAACUCGACGUCGGUCAGGCUAUUCUACGUGAAGCACGCGCCGCAAACGCAGCAGCGACAGAUCACGGAGACAGUCACGAACGUCAUGGGUGGAUUGCUUGGGCGGACGGAGUCGUCGCAGUCGCUGGGCAGGCGCCAGUGA